AUGGCCACUCAAACCUUCCUCGUAGUCGGCGCAACAGGCACCCAAGGAAGCUCAGUCGUGAAGGCCCUCCUCUCCAGCACCACCACGCCCAUCAAAAUACUUGCUCUGACCCGCGAUCCAACCUCAAAGCGCGCGCAAUCCCUCGCAUCUUCAGACCCGAGAAUCAGACUCCUCCCCGGCGACCCCACAGCACCCGAAGCCAUCUUCUCCGCAGCCAACACGCCCAUUGACGGCGUUUUCUGCGUCACAGUGCACGGGCCCGAAGGCGCUGAAGAAGCCCAAGCCCAGGGUCUUAUCAACGCCAGUCUGGCUCACGGCGUGAAGCAUUUCGUCUUCACGUCUGCUGACCGUGGCGGUGACGUGGUGUCUGAUACUACUCCCACGCCUGCGCCGCAUAUUGCGAGUAAGCAUCACAUUGAGAUUUAUCUGAGAGAGAAAACGAGGGGAACGGCCAUGGAGUGGACGAUCUUGCGGCCCGUGACUUUUAUGGAUAAUUUGACGCCGGAUUUUGCCGGCAAGGGCUUUGCGGCUAUGUGGCGGCAGGUUGGGAAGCGGAGGAUCCAAGUUGUCGCUGCGAGUGAUAUUGGGAUCUUUGCUGCGAAGGCGCUGUUGGAGCCGGAACGCUUCAAGGGGAAGUGUGUGGGCAUUGCCGGGGAUGAGUUAAAUUUUGAAGAGGCGUGUGAGAAGUUUAAGGAGGUCGUUGGGGUGGAGAUGCCGACUACUUUUUGUGCUGUGGGGAGUGUGCUGAAGUUUGCUAUGAAGGAUAUUGGUUCCAUGUUUAAGUGGUUUGAGACUGCUGGGUAUGCGGUUGAUAUCCCGGCUGCGAAGAGGGAGUACCCUGAACUACAGGAUUUCGGAACUUGGUUGGAGAAGAGCAGUGGGUUCCGAGAUUUGAAGACUGGGAAGAGUGCUUACAAUGUCAAUUUACUUCUCAAGUUCUUUCUCACUUAA